AUGCCACCAAAAAAGAACAAUAGUCACGUUAUCAAGAAGGAACUAGAACUUCAAACAGCUCAAGUUCACGUUUCUCCUCAAACGCCAAUUCAAGUGUCAGCUCGAAUCCCUAAGCAACUCAUUCCACCACAACGUAUUGCUCAAAAGAAAACACCGGUUAACAAAAAUGCGCAAGCUGUUAACAAGAAUGCGCAAGCUCAAAGAGGUCGUCGAGUCCCAGUCCAGUGCCAAUUGAGAGAAGGUGAUCCUCUCCGAGACGACGCGGAAGGGUACGAUGGAUUUUGGGAUGCCGUGCAAGGGUUGCUUGAUAUCUCGAAGCCAAACCAAUCAAACGGUAACGCUCAAAAAUAA